AUGGUUUCAAAAAAUAAAAUAAUUUGCCUCUUUGGUUAUGAAAAGACUCAAACUGUUGGGGACUUUUGUUUUCGUGAAAUUGGGUCAACAGGGUUUCCUUUAGAAACGCAAAUAGAAAAAUACUAUAGCGUUGGUGAGGUUGCAAAAUAUGUUUGCGCUGGGUUGAUGCUUGCAGUGCAAAUUAAGGAAAAAUAUACCCCUGUGAACACCGACUCGAUAGAAAUGAAAAGUCUUCAUUUAGAUGUUGAAGCGGAUUUUCAUGUAAAGGUGCGGUGGUAUACCGCUGGAGGAGAAUACACACAUAAUGUUAUUAUUUUCAUGAUAACGGUGCGGUGGUAUACCGCUGGAGGAGAAUAUGCACAUGUGCGGUGGUAUACCGCUGGAGGAGAAUAUGCUCAUGUAAGAGAUUGUUAUUUUCAUGGUAAAGGAUGUGGUGGGAAUGUUUUAU